AUGGCUGAGUCCACAAUGUCCUCCAUCACCCUACACGACAUUGCCCCUACAACAUUCAGAGCCAUGCUUCGGUUUGUUUACACAGAUGCCUUCCCAGGAGGUGACGAGCUUGGGGACUCUCCUUCUGAGAUGGUGCAGCAUCUGCUAGCUGCGGCUGACCGGUUCGCAUUGGACCGGCUUAAGCUUAUGUGUGCACAGAAAUUGUGGGAAGGGGUGUCUGUCGAUACGGUUGCUGGGAUCUUAACUUGUGCUGAAAUGUACAGCUGCCUAGAGUUGAAGAACAAGUGCAUUGACUUCUUUGCAUCUGAGGAGAAUUUCAAGAAGGCUGUGUUGACCAAGGGUUAUGUGCAGUUGGUUCAGGAGUUCCCUUCAAUUAUUGAUGAGUUACGACAGAGGAUUGGGUUAUGA